GUCUUGCAGAGAUGAGCUCCAAGCUGAUUUGCAGCAUUCCAGACGAGCUCCAUAUCCUGAUUGUCGGUGCUGGAGAUUUUCGACAUGUUCUGAUGACCGUAGCAAGAAGGUACAGGCACAGCAAGAAGAAACUGAAGUUUUACGUAGUGGAGUCUGCAUUGGAGUUGUAUGCAAGGGACAUUCUGUUCACGAUGAUAGCCUUAGAAAAACAAGAAAAUAUGGGUUUACAAGAUAAAACGGAAUUGUUUUUGGAACUGUACGGCAAUGCACUGGUUCGUGAACAAAGCAGUCAGUAUGUGGAAAGAAUGUCACAUGAACUGAUCCAUAUGGUCACAGAUUUUGACUACCUUGAAGAGAAGUUGCCACUGUUUGAUUUGUCUGCGUUGAAGUACAAAGAAAGAGAUUUUUUGGAGGGAAUUUUCAAAUUCUGGCGCAACAAAGAGAAGCAACUUUUUGAUAUUUCACAAUGUUGGGACUUGCGACAAAGACAACUGCUUGGCGUACGAUAUGACAGCAAGAUGAAUGCAUUUGACUGGGACUACAAUAUGGCGCUGAUAGAAAGAGGGGGUUCGAUUGUGCAUCUGAAACAGUACAAGGACUGGCGGUCAAAUGGAAUUGCUUUUCAAAUUCGGGAGGGAACCUAUGAUGUUCCCAACAGAACUGUGGCAUCAGGAAUGGUCUUCAAGCACGAAGGAGAAAGAUAUCCAAGGCGAGGCUACUGGGGAGACAUGGUGGUUUCCCCGUACAUCCCAUUCGGUGUUGAGACAGAGGAGAAGUCUUUCUUUAAGAAGCAAAACAACAUGCACACAAAGACUGCAGAGGAUGUGUCAGAGUUCAAUGUGACUGCCCUGUUCCACGAGCUCAUGAUGAAAGAGAAGUAUGAGCUACCGAAAGUGGAAGAAAAAGAUGGGAAGGUGGAGGACAAGUCUGCUCCUCAGACAGCUACUCUGGAAGAGAUCACGGAGGAAAAUGAAGAGGAGGAAGCUGAAGAAAAGUCAGAGGUCAAUAAAAGCGAAAGUGAAGAGAAUGAGGACAAGAAUGAAUCCGCUGUCCCAGAAGAGAAGUCUCAUGAGUGGCUUCCCCUUGAAGAUGUCAAGGUGAUUUUUUUGCCUGUUGCUUGUACUGCUGACCUGGUGAAGAAAGCCAAGUACAAGAAACUCUUCAAUGUUGUGUUCUUCUCAAAUAGCAUGGUGCACCAUCUAAAGCCAGAGGUUUCUGAACUUUUUGCUGACAAGUGCUCCUUGAUACUGGAGACAGCCUUAUUUAUGCUUCAGUUGAAGGCAGAGCAUGUACAGGAAUUUGUGAAAAAAACCACAGGGCUGGCAGAGGCUACUGGGUGUAAGUCUCUGGAAGCUUGCGAUGACCUUCAGGACUCCUAUAUAAAGUUUUACUAUGAGAGAUGAUCGAGCCAACUGUGCUGCUAUGAGUGAGAAUAAAGUGUUGUGUUGUGGCUGCUUCUAAAUGUGUGGAGAAGGGUUAUGACCGAGAAAAUGUUGACCUAAUGUACAGACAUUCCAGUUGUUCAGUUUGGAUUUGUUUGACAUAUUUUAUUUUGUGACCUUGUGUGGUAGUUUUUGUUUUAAAAAAGUGAAUAAAUGAAAAUAUGUACAGAU